UUAAAAUGUUGUGGCUGAUCAGGCAUUUGUAUCUCUUGGAGACGGAAUCGUUUGAAAUCAACAUUAUAUUUACGGCUACGGCCAUUUCGAACCUCGGAGGUUUGCGCUUAAAGUUGAGUGUUAACGAAGUUUGCCUGCAUAAAGAUGUCUUCUGACGAGGAAACCAUUCCAGAUGACGAUGGUCUGCCAUAUUUGGGAGAAUACGAUGGUGAAAGAAACGAACUGGAUGAACGACAUGGUUUUGGGCGAGCGAAGCUUCCCAACGGUGAUACCUACGAGGGAUGUUACGAAAAUGGCAAGCGGCACGGGAAAGGAACCUACAGGUGAAGAUUUAAGUCUUAUUUUGCAUCAAGCAAUCAUAAUUUGACAUCGCGGUUUUUUUUUUCAGAACCCAUCGGGUGUGUUUGGCCUUUCUUAGUAAAAACAUAAUUCGCUUGAAGUCGAUUAAACUUCCGUUCUGCCAUCGGAGUUGAAAAAUUCAUUGCAUGGUCUCAACGAUCUCUGCCAGCAUUGACUUUGAUGCAUGGAAUAAAAGCGAUUGUUUAUUGUUUAGCGAAGAUAUUUGCGUGGCAACAAAUUAACAUUGACUUUGAUACAUGAAAUAAAAGCGAUUGUUUACUGUUUAGCGAAGAUAUUUGCGUGGCAACAAAUUACCAUCUUACGAUGCUUUGACAAAGGCGCGUUUCAGUGAAGGCCAAAGGCAUUAAUAUUCGAGUACUAGGGCACGUUCGACUAUAACCACAGCUGUGGUAGAAUGCUUUCUCUUUCCGCAUUUGCCCAACUUAGUAGUUGUACUACUAUUGACACAUUCGAGCUAAUGUUUAUAAUGACCUCUCAAAUGUUGACUUGGUGAAUAGGGUAUCGUGACUAUAUCAGUCGCUUUGCUCAUUCAUCCAUUCAGUUCACGUUUGGUCUUUACUGAUGUCCCGUGGUUUUCUCCUGCCGCUUGUUUAUAACAAUGCGGAAUUCUGGCCAGAAAGGAGGAGAUAUAAGUGUUAUUAGACGUGGCUUUUCGACGCUAGAGACAGGUGAUCGUAGCGAAAUGGCGAUGUUUCGAAAGUUAAGCCCGCUUGGUUUAUUAAUUCAAUUUUUUAACACUUUCACGCAAAGCCGUGUUCAGUCAUGCGCAAAAGGUCACGCCGUGAAAAAUUCUUAUCUUGAAAGUCGUGGUGAAGACUCUUCUUGAAUAAGGUAUUUAUAUCAGCUAAAUCCUCUCUGCCACAAAAGUGCUUAAUUUUCAAUUAAAAUUCUAAACAGAGAAUGCAGUGGCCAUUUAUUUCUGACAUAUUCUCUAUUUUUUUAACCACUAAAGAAAUCCUCUCGUCAUAAAGAGAAGUAUGUACUUCACUGCACGUACUAUGAAACAAGGUGUUUUGAUAUUACCAUCACCCUCCCCUUCCCCUUCCGCCCCCCCCCCCUUAUUUCUGAAGAAAAUGUUUUCUACCUAUUAGUAAACGACAGAUGAACCGCUUUGGAGAGGACUGAGUUCAAAUUCUAGGAACUGUAAGGAGCUAACGCCAUCGCAACAAGACUUGCAAGACUAUAGAUUUUGCAAUGGAAAUCUAAAAAAAAAAUUGAUGUACAGAAAUUUAUUUCCUCUGUACGUAACAAAAAAAAAAUCUGCUCAGAAUAAUCACAACAUUCCUCUAAGACAGGGGUAGAGGUAAUAGAAAACUCGUUCCAAGUCAGAACCUUCUUUACUCAAAAGCCUCCUCUUACAACCUGAGUCUAAUCGGCAGCAACAUUUACCGCGAUUGAAACCAAAAUAUUUCUUUCUUUAAGAUUCAAAAAUGGAGCGCGCUACGUUGGUUACUACAUAGAGGGCAAGAAAAAUGGUGACGGCGUGUUCUUAUAUCCAGAUGGUUCCAAGUAUGAAGGGUCCUGGAUCAACGAUUUACGAAGCGGCUUUGGUACUUACACUUACCCCAACGGAGACACCUACGAAGGGGAAUGGAUACAGGGGCGUAGACACGGCCAGGGAGUUUAUACGUACAAAGCAACCGGCUCGCGUUACGAUGGGAGAUGGUUCCAAGGCAAAAUGCACGAUGAAGGUCAACUCAUUCACUCAAACCACAGAUAUGUAGGUGAUUUUGAGGAAAACAAGCCAAGAGGCCGUGGGAGGUACGUUUUCGACUCGGGUUGCGAGCAGAUUGGAAAGUACGUAUGGAAAGAGAAGGAGAUUUUAAGCGAACAUGAAGAGGACGAACCUGAAAUUGUGAUUUUACCGAUGUGGGAGGGAAAAGAGAUUUGCUCGUUAACAGACGAACAGUGA